CGCAGCGCGUAGCGGCUUCACGGUGCCCUGCUGACGGGCGUCCAACCAGCUGACUGCGCUGCUAUCUGCUAAACAGCGAUGAAAGCCCUGCUGGUUCUGACAGUUUGAGAACUGUUCCGAAUUUAAAGCGACGGACUGAGGGACCGGAAGAGCGCGGAAGGCACCGGAAGACGGAUCGGUCUCAGGAUGGCUGGAGUGUUUGACAUCGACCUGGAGACGGAGGUCAGCAGCGACACAGAGGAGGACGCGUGUGAGGUGACAGCUGUUGAACCUGACAGCGGUCAGACGGAGGAGGUGGAGCUGACCAGUGAAAACGUCAACAGAGACAGCGAGAGAGUUGGACCGGACUGCUUCGAGCUCCUCACUGUUCUGGGCAAAGGAGCCUACGGCAAGGUUUUCCAAGUGAGGAAGGUUCAAGGUCCCCAAACAGGAAAGAUAUUCGCCAUGAAGGUCCUGAAGAAGGCUAAGAUUGUCCGUAACGCCAAAGACACGGCCCACACCCGAGCCGAGCGCGAGAUCCUGGAGAAGGUCAGACACCCAUUCAUCGUGGACCUGCUGUAUGCCUUCCAGACGGGAGGAAAGCUCUACCUCAUCCUGGAGUGUCUGAGCGGAGGAGAACUGUUCAUGCAGCUGGAGAAGGAGGGAAUCUUCAUGGAGGACACGGCCUGCUUCUACCUGGGAGAGAUCACGAUGGCCCUCGGUCACCUGCACUCCAACGGGAUCAUCUACCGAGACCUGAAGCCUGAGAACAUCAUGCUGUGUCAGCAAGGGCACAUCAAGCUGACUGAUUUUGGCCUCAGUAAGGAGUCCAUCCACGAUGGAACCAUCACACACACCUUCUGCGGCACCAUCGAGUACAUGAGGCAAUGAAUGUUGUGCUGCAGGGCUCCAGAGAUCCUCUCCAGGUUGGGUCACAACCGAGCCGUGGACUGGUGGAGCCUCGGCGCGCUGAUGCACGACAUGCUGACCGGAUCGCCUCCAUUCACAGCUGAGAACCGGAAGAAGACCAUGGAUAAGAUCCUGAAGUGUAAAGUCAGCCUUCCUCCGUACAUCACAGACGAUGCCAAAGACAUGAUCACAAAGCUGCUGAAGAAGAAUCCGGCGAAGAGACUCGGCUCUGGGAAAGACGACGCUGCUGCUAUCCAGAAACACAGGUUCUUCAGACACAUCAACUGGGAGGAGCUGCUGAACAAGCGAGUGGAACCGCCGUACAAACCGCUGCACUCUGAGGAAGACGUGAGCCAGUUUGACACCAGGUUCACCAGACAGACGCCGGUGGACAGUCCGGACGACACCAGGCUGAGCCACAGCGCCGAGCUCGCCUUCGCCGGUUUCUCCUUCGUGGCACCAUCGGUCCUCGAGAGUCUGAAGGAAGGAUUCUCGUUUGAGCCGCGAUCGCGUCACGUCCGCCGCCACAACAGCAGCCCGCGCACCCCCAUCAGUCCUCUGAAGUUCUCUCCGGCCGGGCCCUUCAAGUCCAGCUUGGACGGGGAAGCGGACCUGUUCUCCCCGUGUCCCCGCCUGCCGCCGUGCGUCCCGCCGCUGGAGAACGGCACGGCCAGUCAGCCCAUCAAGACGCCUUCCAGGAACAAGAAGAAGAAGGAGCAUCGGAGAUGAAGAACCAGAGGGAUUGUGUCUCUGUCAGGUUUCAUUUGAAGCUCUGAAAGAACCAGACAACUAAAUCCUCCGCUUUACAGGAACUCCUUCUCAAUCUAAUUAAAGGAGAGCAAGGCAUUGAUUUUCCUUUAGCAGCCUCCCUGCGUGUUUAUGGGGAGAGUUGGGAUUUGUGAUGGAUGGACUGGAAAA